AGGUGGCUCGCUCGUUCUGCGAUCCAUUGGGAGUGCCUUCCGAGAGCCUGUGUUGAUGUCCGGGAGGGAGGGAAGAUGGCUGCUGUGGCGGCAGGCGGCCUGGUGGGGAAGGGGCGCGACAUCAGCCUGGCGGCUCUGCAGCGCCACGACCCCUACAUCAACCGCAUCGUGGACGUGGCCAGCCAGGUGGCUCUGUACACCUUCGGCCAUCGGGCCAACGAGUGGGAGAAGACUGACGUGGAAGGAACCUUGUUCGUUUAUACAAGGUCUGCUUCUCCAAAACAUGGAUUCACCAUUAUGAAUAGGCUGAGCAUGGAAAAUAGGACAGAGCCCAUUACUAAAGACCUGGAUUUCCAACUCCAGGACCCUUUCCUUCUCUACAGAAAUGCCAGAUUGUCCAUUUAUGGAAUUUGGUUUUAUGAUAAGGAAGAAUGCCAAAGAAUUGCAGAGCUUAUGAAAAACCUAACGCGGUGUGAGCAGCUGAAAGCCCACCAGGGAGCUGGGGCGGGACUCUCCCCAGUGAUCCUCAAUUCAGGAGAGGGCACAGAAGUGGACAUCUUGCGAAUGCUCACCAAGGCCAAAGAUGAAUACACAAAGUGUAAAACCUGUUCUGAGCCAAAAAAGAUAACCAGUUCAUCUGCCAUCUAUGACAACCCCAAUCUCAUCAAACCAAUUCCAGUGAAGCCCAGUGAAAACCAGCAGCAGCGCACGCCUCAGCCCAGCCAGGUCUUAGACUCUGAGCCUCAACACUUAUCCUUGACAGCUCUGUUUGGGAAGCAGGACAAAGCGACAUGUCGGGGAGCCAUGGGGCUUCCACCGUCCCUCCACCAGCAGCAGCAGCAGCAGCAAGAGAAGUUUGCAGUCAGGCAGGGGGUUGUGCGCUCCCUGUCCUAUGAGGAGCCCCCCGUGGAGAAGCAGCUCUGUCCGGCCAUUCGGAAGCUCAUGGUCAGGAGCGCAGACCUCCACCCGCUGUCGGAGCUGCCUGAAACCCGGCCCUGUGAAAACGGCAAUACCCUUUCUUUGGGGGGAGUUUUUACUGGCCCUGUCCAGCCGGGGUCCCCCCACAACACUGGGGUUUCUCAUGGUGUGCAAAGCGCUUCCAGAACUCGGAACCUGUUAGAGAAACUCCAGAGCGCCCCGGGGGCAGCAAACUGCAGCAGAGCCCCCACUUGUGCCACCCCUGUGGCUUCGGGAAAGGGUCUGGCUCAGCCGCCACUGGUCUAUUUCAAUGGCUCCCUCCCACCUCAGACACUAGGACGUCAGGCUCACAGAAAGGAGCAGUGCACGCUCCCGAGACAGCCACUGCCCCUCUCUGGCGAUCAGACUAACAAUUCCGGAGUGAUCUCCCCUCGGGAGCUACUGAGGAGGCUUCAGCUCGUGCAGCAGGAGCAGCAGCUGCAUGCACCGAACCGCCCGUCCUUGGCGGCCAAGUUUCCUGUGGGCACUCAGAGCUCCGGGACAGGGCGGCCCCUGGAAUCCUGGAUCAGCAAGACAUCCAGCACAGAAAAGCAGACUCCUCUUUUUCAGGUCGGCUCCCCUCAGCACGGCCCCGCGACGGCGGCUCCUUCUCUGCUCAUGCCCCCGCUGGUGUUCACGCAGCCCUCCUCUGCGCCAGCCGAUGAAAGGGACGGCAGGCCCUUGCCUGCGGGGGGCCAGGAGCCACCUGCAGCCACCACCAGCCUCCUCCUGCCUGUGCAGAGCCCGGAGCCCUCUGUGGUCCCCAGCGGCCCGCUCACCAAGCUCCAGCUCCAGGAGGCACUGCUGUACCUCGUUCAGAACGACGACAACUUCUUAAACAUAAUCUACGAAGCCUAUCUCUUCAGCACGACACAAGCAGCCAUGAGAAAGACUGUGUGAAAGCAAAUCCUUUUACAACCGAUUUUCAAGGUCCUUCUAGAAUUCCAGCACGAGGUUCUUUCAUUGUCAGCUGGUGUUACCCUAAAUGUUUCUGCCUUUUUAAAAAAGCAUAUGUAAUAUGAAGUAAAAUGUUUCAGACUUUUUUUGUAUA